AUGAUACAUUAUAAUUUCAAUCACAUCGUCAUUUUGUUCGUUCUCAUCUCAAUUUUGGUCCCUCAAGUUUCUUCCGUAGUAGAAGAUUGUGGAGCAGAAGAGGACAACUCAUGUGUCGACAAAUCCAAAGCGUUACCCUUAAAAAUCAUAGCCAUAAUUUCCAUCCUUAUAACAAGUAUAAUUGGCGUAUGGCUUCCAUUAGUUACACGUUCUAUCCCGGUCCUAAGCCCGGAUAGAAGCCUUUUCGUAAUUGUCAAGGCAUUUGCUUCCGGAAUUAUAUUAGGUACGGGAUUUAUGCACGUGCUACCGGACUCAUUUGACAUGUUGUCAUCGAGUUGCCUUAAGGAGAACCCGUGGCACAAAUUCCCCUUCACUGGAUUUGUGGCUAUGUUGUCCGCUAUAGUAACAAUGGCUAUUGACUCUAUAUCUACUAGUUUGUAUAGCAAAAAACAUAAAGGUGGUGUGGUUAAUCCAGAAAUUGGUCAGCGUGUUGAUCUGGAAAUGGGUGCAAAACUACUAAGAUACAGAGUGAUUGCUAUGGUGUUAGAGCUGGGAAUUAUAGUUCACUCAAUAGUAAUAGGAAUUUCACUUGGAGCUUCAAACAAUACAUGUACAAUUAAAGGAUUAGUUGCUGCACUUUGCUUUCAUCAAAUGUUUGAAGGAAUGGGACUUGGUGGUUGCAUUCUCCAAGCUGAGUACAAGUUGUUGGAGAAAGCAAUGAUGGCAUUUUUCUUUUCAGUAACAACCCCAUUUGGCAUAGCAAUUGGAAUUGCAAUAUCAAAUACUUAUCGAGAAAAUAGCCCUCGUGCUUUAAUAAUUGUGGGCUUGUUGAAUGCAUCAUCUGCUGGCCUUUUGAUUUAUAUGGCUUUGGUUGAUCUUCUUGCUGCUGAUUUUAUGGGUGAUAAAUUACAAGGAAGUGUCAAGCUACAAAUUAAGUCAUACAUGGCUGUUCUUUUAGGUGCUGGUGGAAUGUCUCUCAUGGCCAAAUGGGCCUAG